UGAUCACACCAUUAGCAUUUGUUUCCGACUCUUACGCCUCCAAGGGUUGAGGAAAGUUUUAUAAACCACGGGUAAGAUCCUGCCUCGUCCAUUCCCUCCUCAGACCGACACCAACACACAUCAGACCACCGAUUGACAGAACCGAAUCACCGCAUUAUGUCGCCCAUCGUGGAGUAUCUAUGGAAAGUCAGCCUUGCCAUCUUAUUUAUACACACUGUUUUCGUCACAGGAAAUGACCAAACAAGUGACGACACUGCCGUUGAGAAACGAAGAAGUCCCGGCUUCACCCACAUGUUUGUUGGGAAGCGGAUGCCAAUUGAGCUGGAAUCUAGGAGUCCAAAGUACGGCUAUUACUUCGUCGGCAAACGCAUGCCCACUGCCUUUCAAACACGCCUAAGCCCCAAAGUUGGACGGUGGUUCGUUGGCAAGAGGCCCUACGCCCACAGAAUGUUCGUCGGCAAACGUGAGAUGGAAAUGAACGACGGCAACGUCCUGGACAACGGUGAAGACUGGGAAAACAACGUCCCCUACGGUGACUCUGAACUGGCGGAUGGAUACUAUGAAAACAAGAGGCUGGUGAACCCCUUUGUUUACUACGCCUUGGGAAAGAACAAGAACAGCGGAAAUACUCCCUAAAGAGGGCGGCAGAUGACGCUGUGCAUCGUGUCGGAAGUGACGUAAUAGGUUCCUCUUCAAAUGUGAAGUGCACGUGGACAGUCUUAUGAUUCGGCAAAACUAAAAAAACACGUCCAUCUCUUACUCUCUCAUUGAAACUGAAUGCGUGCUAUUUUUCUGACUAUAUUCAUGCUAUCCCUCAUGUGUGAACAAACAUUAAGAGAACUACUUCACCGGCAAUUAAGACAGUAAUGGAUAUUUUUCGAAUAAAACAUCAUAAAAAUGUUUGUGUUAAAACCUACUUUGUGAAAUCCUGGAAGUCUUUGACUACAAAGAAACACCCUCUUUACUUGGAAAAGAUGACUUCGCUCAGAGCUCAUGAAAUAUACAUACACAAAGGAGUGUGCAACAUAAACGAUACAGUUUACCAUGGCAUCUACGGUACAAUACGCUUGUUUCUUGUCUCGAGCACCAUCGUUCGCUGACUGUAUAUGGUUCAUCACUGAAUCCUGUCAUCAUUCAAAUCGCCAUUAGCCAGGAGAGCAUGUCACAAACGGUUUCGUGUGGACAAUAAAAUAGUUGAGUGGUUCAAAGUGA